AUGAAUCCAGACGAUAGAUGGGAGCGUGUAGUCCGAACCAAGUUUCCCCUAAUAGUGUCUCAACUCAAAGCUCGAUCUUUACUAAAUGACUUGUUUGCUCAACGCCUGAUUGAAAGCAGAGAUGUCAUCCGUCUGCGCUCUACUAGCAACUUUCCGACGGAGGAAGACGUUGCGACAGAGUUGCUGCUACAAUUGCUGCCCAAAGCUGGGCCUGAUGGUUUUGAUAAAUUCUGUAAUAUUCUGAUGAAAACUAGCGGACAGAAAGCUCUGGCAGAUAUGCUGAUGAGAGAAGAAUCUAGAGUGGAUGACACUUCCUUAGCAUCUCCUACAGCCACAGCAGCUUCAGUUUUAGUGGAAAAGCCACGUCGUCGUAUAAAGGAUGAAUUACUCGAUGCUCGUGUGGAAGACAAACAUAUUGAUGCGGUGAAGAAACUUGUUGGCAAAAAGUGGAGGGACAUAGGAAGACACCUCCCUCAGUUCUCAGGACUUGAUGCUGAAGACAUUGUGUCACAGUAUAUCUACGAAAGUCCACCUGAUUCAGAGAAGUUUUACUAUGUAGUGACUGCCUGGGUUUGGAAGAUUGGACGGAAAGCUACUGUUAGGAAAUUACUAGAAGCAAUUGAUAAAGUUGAUAUGGGAGAAGACGCAAGGGAGAAGCUUGGAUUAUAUGCAUGAUAUAGUUGCUAGACUUUUUAUACUUUCUACCGUGUAGUGUGCUACAGAUUGUGUGCAUUUUGAAAUUGUUCAGAUAGGAUU